GUCAAAUCUUCCACCAGUCAUUGGACUCUACAUGGGCUUUUUCCCUGUUAUUUUAUAUGCUUUCCUUGGAACAUCCAAACAUCUUUCUAUGGGUACCAUUGUUGUUGUUAGUUUGUUGAUUGGUUCCCUAAUAAAUGAACGGUUCAGCUCUAAUGGAGAAUCUGUCAUGUCUAUGGGCCCACGACUAUUAAAUGUCUCCACUUCAGAGAUCUUUCCAGAAAAUAUUACAAUCUCUCCAGAGAAGAUAUCCCAACUUGAGACUGAGAAGAUAAAAUUUGCUAUGGCUGUGACUGUAAUUAGUGGUAUAACUCAGCUAUUAAUGGGUAUUUUAAACAUGGGUAUUAUUGUUCGACUGAUGUCCGACUCUCUUGUAAGUGGAUUUUCUUGUGGUGUUGCUAUAUAUAUAAUCAGCAGUCAAUUGAAGUACAUCUUAGGGCUAACAGUGCAACGUUACACUGGAGUGCUUAGUGUACCAAAGACAAUUGUGGCAGUUGCAAAACUUCUCCCAGAAUGUAACUACCCAGAACUUCUAUUAUCAAUUGUUGUCAUGGUGAUUAUCUACUUAGUCAAGGUGUACAUCAAUGAAAAAUUUAAAACUAGGUUAUUAAUACCAGUCCCUAUUGAUUUAAUCAUGGUGAUUUUUUCAACAGUUGUCUCAUAUUAUUUGAAACUCCAUGAGAAAAAUAACUUUGUUGUUAUUGGAAAUAUUCCAUCUGGGUUGCCUAUGCCAGUUAUGCCUGACAUCUCUUAUGCUGCAGAUUACAUUUCUCAGAGUGUCAUAAUUGGUCUUGUAGCCUUUGCUCAGUCAAUAUCUGUUGCUGUUAUAAUUGCACGGAAAGAAGGCUACUACAUCAAUGCUAAUAAGGAGUUAAUUGCAUAUGGGGCUGUCAACAUCAUAUGUCCUGUAUUUAGUUGCUUCACUGCAGCUGGUGCACUUUCUCGUACAACUGUACAGUUUUCCAGUGGGGGUAAGUCUCAGAUUGCCAGUCUGUUUGGAAGUUUUUUUGUCUUGCUCAUGAUUCUAGUUGCUGGACCCCUUCUGAGGCCUCUUCCAAAUUGUGUCCUGUCCUCUAUCAUCCUGGUAUCCCUGAAGUCAAUGUUGAAAGAGAUCUGUACAUUAAAACGAUUAUGGCGUAUCAGCCCCUGUGACUGUGUUAUAUGGAUUGGUACAUUUCUAGCAAUUAUUCUCACCACCAUAGAAUUAGGUUUAAUUAUUGGCAUUGGAAUUGGAGUUGCUACUAUUCUCAUCCGAACACAAAUGGUGCGACCCAUCAAAUUAGGUACAAUUGAGAGGACUGAAAUAUUUCGAGAUAGGACCAAGUACCAGGUGACAACACCACAGACUCCUGUGAUCAUUUUAUCUUACCCUUCACCAUUAUAUUAUGCCAAUGUCGAUGUUUUCCAAACCAAAGUUAAGGAGAAAUUUGCUGAAUUUAAUAAAUUAUCAAAGAAUAAGUCUGCAGAUAACAAUAUAAGCACCAACUCCACAUGUAAGGAAUUAGAACAAUACUAUGUAAUCAUUGACUGUUCUGCUAUUUCCUUCAUUGAUGCAAUGGGAGCCAAAGCCUUCAAACAGCUCUUUCUGGAUGCCAAACAAGAAAAUGUCUCCUGUUUAUUUUCAUGUGUAAAUGACUCUGUAUUAUCUGUGUUGAAAGCUUCUGAUGUGCUUGAGACUUUACAGAAUUCUCUCUAUGUGACAACAUAUGAUGCCCUGAUGGCAAUUGAACUGCAAGAUGAGGAUGCAUAGAAGCUCAUUUUUCGUAACAGCAAUGCGUCUGCGAUUUGGAAGUUUUUUCUUUGAAGACCUCUACUCAUAAAUCUAAGGAAUACAACUGUUUUCUCCAUCCAAUGACAAGCCAAGAGCUAGAGGACAUGUUCACAUUUAUUAUACGUGAAACCAAUACACAAUGCUUGAAUCACAAAGGAAGAAUAUUUCAUCAAACUUAAAUUUUAGAAAUAUAUAUAUAUAUAUAUACAGAAGAUAUUUUCUUAUUAUCUAAUCCAAGCAUAUAUAUGUUCUUUUCUUAAUGCAUGAUGCAUAUUAUUAUCUUUAAAAAAAUACAUAUUAUUCAGGUACAUGCCACAAGUAGAAACUCAGGACAGACUGCAAGCCAUUAAUAAGGUAAAUUGUCAACAAAAGCCUCUCAAUCUGAAAAAAAUAUUGACAAAAAAUAUUUACUUACAUUAUAUAUUAAGUGUGUAUAUGUAUGUAUGUAUAUAUAUAUAUAUAUAUAUAUAUACAAGAAAUUAAUUUGUGUAAAAAUCAAUAAGAAGAGUAUUCCAUCUAAUGAGUCUAAUAUUACUAUAAAUGCUUCAUACUAGAUACGUUUUAUGCACUACUAAUAGUUUCACAUACAUAAAUACAUUCAUCAGGUGCCUGAUGAAUGUACUUAUGUAUGUGAAACUAUUAGUAGUGCAUAUAAUGCAUGUAGUAUAUGUAUGCAUGUAUGUAUGUCAUAUACUUUUUUGUGAAAUCUGAUGUGUCCAUGUGUAACAUAACUACUGGUUUGGUUCAACUCCCCCAUCUCCCUCCUGCAUGUAUGUACAUAUGUAUGUAUGUACACAGAAGACAAGAACAAUAAUAUUAAUGUGUUCAGUCUGUCUUUCCCUCCCUCUUUGUUCUUGUCUGUCUUUAUCUGUAUUUAUAAUGGUGCAAGCAAAUACAUGUGCAUACAGGUACAUAUUUAUGAAUACGACAGCAGUAUAAAAUGUCUACCUGACUGUCUGUCUGUCUGUCUAUCUGUCUGUCUGUAUGUAUGUAUGUGUGUGUGUGUGUGUGUACAUGUAUAUGCAUGUCACCUUAUAUAGAAAACGGCAAAGAAGGGUAGAGAGAGAUGGGACUAACAGGAAAGAAUGACAAUUCAUAUUUUUUCUUCCAGUAUUAUAAGAUACUUCUUUUAAAAGAUAUAUGUAUCUAUCAUUACUUUUACCUUGAGCUUUCAUCCAAUACACAAGUAACUGAGACAAUCCACUGGCACUGUUCACACUAGUUCCCUUAAUUUAAUAAUUUCAGAAAAACAAUUGAAUGAUUAUUUUCUUACAGUUAUUUUUAUAUUCCUCAACUUCUUCAUGGAUUAAAUUCAGUCUUUAAAGGCAAUAUAUCAAGAGAUGGCAAUGAGUUUUAUGAAAGUAGAUGGCAUUAAAAAUUAUAUGUAUCUUGAUCUAUUAAAUAUUUCUUUUAUUUCAA